GUUAGACACAAGCAAGCCAACUCUUGACAGAUUGAUUGACGGGAAUCGGCAACGCCUAAGCCCACGCUCGAUUUGUUUUUGCCCUUUACUUGUAGACCUGGUUGUGUCCACGGUCCAGCUUGAAUCUAACCUUCUUUUCAGAAAGAAACCUACCUCGAGACACCACCACACGCAACGAGGGAUACAUACGUACGCAUUAUCCAUACUUGGUACCAAACCACCGGAUUGCGUGUGCAGCCCUUUGCUCACACCUUGCUUUUAUUUUUAUUCUUUUUUUUUCCCCCUCGUCCCCCUCUUUUUUCCAUCCCAACACUAAACUGAACUCCUCUCCCAUUUGAUCUCUCUCCCUACCUUACGCUACCUCUAGGCUUUCGGAGGUAUCGUUCGGAUACUUGAUCCCCCGGUCCCUUCUCCCUACGUGAACGGGGCCUAUCUAUUUACCUUGCCGUACCUUAACUAAAGUACCUUGCUUUUCGAUAGUAAAAGGUGCCUAGUCACGGUAGUCAUCCAUCGCCCUUGGGUAGCCCGGGCAGCAGAGAACCCGGCCGACUCCCUUUGCGCCGCUGCCGCCUACAUAACCUUACCUUAGGUUACCUGCUUACCUACCUACAUUAAAGUACCUUUCCCCAAGGCUGAGAGAGAGACUGAGACUGAGACUGAGAGUGAGAGAGGGGACCCGCCACAAACGAGAGCAGCCCAUGCCCCAUCGACCUGCGACUUGGGUUAGUCGGAGAACUGUGGCAACGCAACCACUCGCCCUGCUUGCUGCUGUUCCGCCGUCGUAGCGGUGCACAGCGCAGCACAGCACAACCGCCUACCUACGCAGUACUUGCGCUGCUACCUCACCUCCAGGUACCUCACUCCCAGGAAGACGACGACAACGCUCGUCUGACCUUGCCGACCGACGCUACCGUGCCUUACCUGCGUGCCUACCCACAGCACCCCGUACGCCUACCUUACCUACCGUACCCUCACCUUACGCUCACGCCUACGCCGCCCGCCCGCGCCAACCCAACUUGUCCCAAACCAACAACCAACUCUUUCGCAUCUCUUUCAAUCCCAGCCAAUCUCUCUCUCUCUCUCUCUCUUCGCACCGUCCGUCCGUCGACGACGACCUUCCUUUAUUCUUUUGCCGUGUCCAGUGUAUUUCGCCUGUCGCCUUUCUCCUUCUCAUCGCUUGCUUCACGAGUGUCGAUUCGCCCGCGAAUGCUGCUUUCGCGGCGGUGACGCCAGCCGUCCCUCCUCUCGACCGACCCAUCCUACCUCACCACCACUCUGCUCACGAGUUCACCACCACCACCACCCCACGAACGACAGCCGAUCGAUUGACCGGAUUGCAUCGACAAACGUCGUCGCCUGCCCACAAUGGCACCCUCAGCUCCAUCAUCGGCGCUGAACGGCGUUGUCAUUGGAUUACUCUCAUCCUUUGGCUCCGCCGUCCUUAUCGCUCUCAUCUUCCUCGUCAUCUACUUCUUCAGAUACACGGCCAGCGGCCGCAUCUUCCUCGAUCGCAUCGGCCGGCCAGGUGAAUAUGACGACGAGCAGGCUUUUGCCCGGGAGGAGGCCGAGGCUCUCGAGUCCAUGGACGAUAUGCAGAGAACCGAGUACCUGAGAGCAAAAGCAUUCAUCCAAGCGAACCCCCCGGAAUCCGUUCAAACCGACAUUUCUCUAUCGCAAUACCUCGCCAUUCAAGAAAAGGGUGUUUCCGCUUGGGAAUUUGAACCCGAGCUGGAAAUCGCAAAUUGUUUCGUCGAAGGCCGCACCGAGAUUGAGUUCUUCGACUCUGAAUGCACCGUCAUGAGCAAUCUGCCCGUGCCUAAGCAAAACGAGGUCUACUACUGGGAAGCCAAGAUCUACGAUAAGCCCGAAAAUACCCUCCUCAGCAUCGGCAUGGCUACCAAACCGUACCCGUUGUUCAGACUACCAGGCUUCCACAAACAUUCCGUAGCAUACCUAUCAGCAGGCCAGCGCCGUUGCAACCAGCCAUUUGCCGCAACCCCCUACGGACCUCAGUUCGUCCAGGGAGAUGUUAUCGGCGUUGGUUAUCGUCCCCGAACGGGCACCAUUUUCUUCACCCGCAAUGGUAAGAAGCUGGAAGAUGCCGUUCACGGUGUAAAGUCGCAAAAUUUCUUCCCUGCCAUCGGUGCCAACGGGCCCUGCAUCGUCCACGUCAACUUUGGUCAGGCCGGCUUCGUCUUCAUCGAGGCCAAUGUGAAGAAAUGGGGCCUUGCCCCGAUGACGGGCAGCCUGGCACCGCCGCCACCGUAUGGCUCCGAACAGGGCGAUAUCCUGCUCGAGGCCGGACGCAAGGACGGGUACACGAGCACCAGCGGUGGCGGCGCCGGCGGACAGCAGCGGGGGCACUCCCAGACACAGUCCUACUCGCAAAGUGGCUUGGGACCUCAACAUGGUCGGACGAGAAGCGGAAACUUCAGAGUACUUCCACCGAGGAGCCCCGGUCCCGUAAGAAGCCCGACUGACAUCUCCCUGACGCACUUUGUGUCCGACGAUGAGGGCGGCGAGCCAAGCAGCAGCAUCAAUCGCGGGCACGAAGGGCAAAGCGUCGUAGGGCUUGGGCUUCAAGACGCCUUGAACCCGCCACCCGAGUACACGAGCCCCGACCACUCGGAGGCCGGCAGCCGUCGGAAUAGCACAGACAGCGAAAAUACGCCGUUGAUCCGCGUUCUUAAUCGGAGUCGAGGCGCCUCAGCAGCCGCUGCGGCCGGACCAUCGCACCCACCGAUACCCAGCUACACCGAUGCGGUGAGAGCCGGGGCAGGGCGAGAGGGGAAUAGCACUCCGCGAUCCAGUAAUCGACGCGGCAACCGGUCGAGGUCUCAGAGCGCGCAAUGAUGUUUGAAAAAUUGAAAUCUUGCUGGGCAGGACGAAACGGUACCAUACCCCCGAAGAAGCAUCAGAAGAAGCCUGGUCAAACGGAGUUGAGGACGGCGGAACAGGGCAAGCCGUCAUAAUGUGGAGUUUGGAGGUCCUCACCAGCCAAGGAUGAGAAGAAGCCCCUCCAAACCUGGCGAAUCUUGGAGUUUGGCAUUUUGGAAUAGACGGGAUGCUGGUUUGUUUUUCACCCAAAGGGGACAACGGGAGGGGAAGGAUUCCUUUUUUUACUUUGUUUUGUUUACGUGGUUCGUCCCGGCCGCGAGCGUCAUGAUACCUUUGGACCACACACACACACACACCCGCAUCGAAUUAACGCGCAUAUCUACUCUCUCUUUUUUACCAGGUUCGGAUUUGUGGUGUUGUGAUGGUGUUAGCCUCCCAACGCGAAUUUCUGUUCCCACUCCGAUUGUACGAAGAACACUACCAUCACCAUCCCCCCAAAAAGUAGGAGUCGCAAGGAGAGUCUUUCACUGCCCGACAAAAAAAGGGUCAUGGAGAAUAUACAUGUACACAGGCAUAUACCGCAUCAAUCAUACCAACCUUUGUGCUGUCCAAUAUGUUGCGUCCUGCAUCUUGUA